AUGUCGACCUCCACGUCGGAAAAGCAAGCCAAAAAUGAAGCCCUGCUACACGAUCAGACGAACCUGCUGCCACGGAAACAGCUUCUCGUUGUCUUUUCUACGAUGGCUUCGGCUUUCCUAGUAGCCUAUGCAGACCAAAACGGGAUUGCGGUGGCCUUGCCCACUAUGGCUCAGGAUCUGAACGCGGCGGACACAAUAGCAUGGGCCGGCACGUCAUCGAUGAUCGCGAAUACCCUGUUCCAGGUCCUCUACGGCCGCCUAUCGGACAUAUUCGGGCGCAAGGUCAUUUAUCUCUCGGCCGUUGCCUUGCUUGCAAUAGGAGAUAUCCUCUGUGCAACCGCUGUCAACGCCCCGAUGCUCUACGUCGCCCGUGGCCUCGCUGGUGUUGCGAUAGGAGGAGUCAACUCAUUGACGAUGAUGAUAAUUUCGGAUAUCGUAUCGUUGCAAGAGAGAGGCCGCUACCAGGGGAUCGUUGGAAGCUGUAUCGGGCUCGGGAAUACCAUCGGUCCUUUCUUGUCAGCCGGAUUCACACAGAGCUCAAAGACCAGCUGGAGGGGCUUCUUCUUCCUCAUCGCUCCGCUCAUGGUCUGUUCAGGGAUCGCCUCCUUCUUCUUGCUCCCGGCGAUUCCUAUGCCAAAAGGCCAAGCUCUUCAGAAGGCUCGCCUAGUCGACUGGUGGGGACUCCUAACUGGCACAGUAGCCAUAGUCCUUCUCCUAAUCCCUGUUUCAGGAGGAGGAUCAUACUUCCCAUGGAACUCCCCAUAUGUGAUCUCAUCACUUUCUAUUGCUGGGGUUGCAAUAGUGGCUUUCCUUUUGGUGGAAUGGAAGGUAUCUAAGUUACCGAUGGUGCCCAUGAGAAUGUUCAAGACACCGGCCGUAGCUGCAAUACUGCUGCAGAACUUCCUCUUUGGUUAUGUGUACUAUGCAGAGCUUUACUACCUGCCCAUAUACUUUCAGAACGUACGCCGUGUAUCGCCCGUGGUAUCAGCUGCCUUGUUGACGCCACUGGUGGUCGUCCAGUCGGCCUGUUCUGUUGUGUCAGGGUUCUAUAUUUCGAAACUCUGCAGAUAUGGAGAGGUCAUAUGGCUCGGAUUCUCCUCUUGGACGCUUGGAGCCGGUCUUCUCUGCAUCCUCGGCCGCGACACACAUCUCGCCGUCCCCGUGAUUGCACAAAUAAUGAUCGGCAUUGGAGCAGGCAACGUGUUCCAGCCAUGUCUGAUAGCAAUCCAGGCACACUCACCCAAAGCGCUACGCGCUGUGGUUAUCUCGAACCGCAAUUUCCUCCGUGCCCUGGGCGGAGCCGUUGGACUUGCAUGCUCUAGCCAGCUGCUGCAGUCAUCUUUGCGAAGAGCUCUGCCGUCAGAACUGAGACCUUUGGUAGCUUCUUCAUACAAGCUCCCUGAUGUUGACAGCCUUUCACCAGCCGAAGCCUCUCAAGUCGAGACAGCCUACGCCCAGGCCAGCCAUGACGUUUUCGUCUCCAUGGUACCAUUUAUGGGUCUGUGUCUAGUAAUCUGCAUCUUCAUCAAGGACAGAGGCCUGUCCAGAAAGGAACCCGAGCCAGCUGCUAUUGAAGUCUCUGAAACAGCUCCACCACAGUCGCGAACACAGGUAUAG